UUUUAAACCGAUGAGCUGCACUCUUUGUCGUGGUAUAAUAGAGAAAGCUUAUCAGCGUUACCUGGUAGAUGGAAAGGCAAAGUUCGAUGUACGUGCUUCUCUCUCUGGUCUGCCUUUUGCCGUAGAAAUCGACUCCGUAUAUAUUUGUAAAUCGUGUUUGGACAAGCUAAAGAAACUUGACAAUCUAAAAAGACAGGAACGGGAACUGCUUGCUAUACUAAAAGGGCUUGUCACUUCGAGUAAACGCGUCCUAGAAACUGGCGAAAGUUCUCUUGCCAGCUCGCCGCCAGAAUCGCUUGAACGUGUUAAUAUAGCGAAAAGACCAUGUAUUGAAUCUACGUUUAGACCGUUUGUAGCACCUUUAUCACCUGUAUCAGUGCAAACUGGUUGUUGGUCGUCGAUUCCUAGUGUAGAAAGCCCUUCUUCAUCGCGUGAUAGCUCGGUUGUUCACCAUUCGACACCAAGUAAACAGCCAGACACAUUCCCAACAAGCUCACGACAAUCUGGUGUUGUAACUGUAAAGUUACAGUGGUCAAAUGAUAAAAAAGAAAGAGGUUUACCAGAUGACUUGCAGUCUUUGGGUAAAAUGCUUGUUCGCGGUACUUACAAGCAAAUAGCAAAUGCUGCAUGGAAAAGUGCUGCUCUUCGCAAACAACUACAGAUUGUAGCAUUAAAACAGAUUGAUUCAGAAUGCAAUGGGUUGUGUUCGACAAAACAACCAAGCUGUUUGAGAUCCCCCAAUAAGGACAAAUUGCUGGACUUUUCACUUGAAAAAUUCGAGGAGGAGCUGGAGAAAAGGGCACCAUUCACCCAUGCUAUCUUAGAAACAGCAUGUGUUAACAGAAGGAACCACAAUAUAAGGGGCGAAUGGGUCCCAACCGUUGGUAUGGCAGCAGCAGUUCUCUUGAGAAACCGUUCUUCUCGUAUGAAUGCAGUGCAGUUAAUGCUGAGCAUAUUUUUGUAUCAUUCAAGUUGGUCGGUAAGUGUUUUUCAUUGUAUGGUACCUAACUAUAUAUACAGAUUGUUUAUGAAAUUGAGCAGGACCUUAGGUUAUGUGUAGUUAGGGUCAUGGCAGUGUGUGGGUUAUGCAACAAUCACUAUGCCUAAUAUUCUACAUUUGCCCCAAUAUGAUUGUUGUUUAGUACCAUACUCCAGUCUCCGGUAGACCAGUAAUAUUUUAACAACAAAAAUUUCGGUUGGUAGGGAUGCAACGUUACUACCUGAAAAAACAAGGAGACAUUAGACAUUUCGAGCGAAGGCCCUUCACAUUAGCUUUACAUUUCAAAAAUGUGUUAGACUAUUAUUACAUGUAUAACUAAACUAUUUAUUAUAAAAGCUUACUGUACAUUGAUUAUCUGUAUAUUUUUACUUAGCCUACAAUGAAAAGAUUGAAAAUCUUGCGUCUGGUUGUCUCGCAUACACAGCUGUACAGGAAGCUCACUGAAUUUGGGCAGGAUUAUGAUCAUUCAGUUAAAAUAAUGAAGGAGCAAGAACGUGAGUGGAUGGAAUCAAAGCGGACAGUGUCAGUCUCGGAAGCAAGGGAUGCUGAUGAUGAUCAAGGAUCCAGUACUGACAGUGACCAAAGUUCUUCAUCAGGUGAGGACUCACCCAAACCCAAAACAUCCUCGAAAGCUCAACCCACUGGUCAAAAGAUCACUAUUGAUAAUAUUGAUUACCGCCAAGAGGUUCAUCAUAUGACCCAAGAUCACCAGACAAUAGAUAAACACUACUUGACUGUUUGUGCCACUGAAAAUCGAGUUAGUGGUAAUCAUUUAGGCACUAAUCAGCCAGAUGGUAUUAAGCUCGAAAGUCUCGAGAAUGGAAAAUGUAUUCCAAGUUCUAGGGAACAAAUUCUACAAAGAGAAGAUUAUAUAAAACUUACAGAAAGAGCCCUUGUGAAGAAUCUUCCUUGUCUGCAGUCAUUCAAAGAUGUGGUUGUAACCCAUAUUCCUCAUAUGUACAGUAAAGAAGCCAAACAACCUACACAAUCAGUAAGCAAUUAUAAUACGUACAUUACUAGCAGUUUAUUAGCCUGAUAAUGCAAUCUGUCCUCAUCGUACCAAAUUGCAAACGAUAAGGUAUAUAAUUUUGAAAUAUUGACGAUAUAAUAUUUCAUGUACAUCUGUGACUGACUCCAGGGGCUGGUUGUUCAAAAGCCAAUUAUCUUAAACCCUAGGUUAGUCUAAAAUUCAAAGCAAACUUCCCAACAACUUGUUUACAAAAUUGGAAAUAUUUCUUCAUAAGUCUUGUAUGGGUCAAUGAGAUUGAGAGUUUUCUUUUAUGAAGAUUUGAAACAAACAGAUGUGCAGAAAUACACAAACCAAAACAGCAGGUAAAAUUUUAACCCGGGGUUAGCGCUAAUCCAACUUUGAAUAACCGGCCAACAUCGAUAAUUAAGUCACAACUACACUGUUUUCAAAUUUCAAAUUUGUUUCUCACAGGCAUUCUUCAACACAAUCAUAAAAAAGAAUUUUGGAUUUUGACCAAUAAAUGUGCAAAUAAGCUUUAACAUGAAAACGAGGCUCCCACGCUGGAUCCCUGGAGCCUCGUUUUCAUGUUAAAGCUUAUUUGCACAGUUAUUGGUCAAAGUCCAAAAUUCUUUUUCAUAAUUGUGUUGAAAAAUGAUGUUCUGCUUCUCUCCCCAUAGCCCGUGAGAAAUAAAUUUGAAAUCCAUUCCAUUUAAGGUGGUCCUAAGAUGUGAUGUAAUUAUCGAAAGGGUGUAUUGCAGUAGGUGUCCAACUGUAGCUUUGCCAAAUAUUGCAGUGACAUAUAACAACUGGCUGGAUAUCUAGGAGAACAGUUUACAGUUGAUAUGUCAGUAUAGCUUGUUGGUAUAUACAAGUAAAUUUUAAAUUAAAUAUAUGAUAUCUUUUUCAAGACAUUUCUUGGAGUGAUAUACCAGAAUGAGAAUGAGGCUGAAGGAAUCACAACCAUUUUGAAGGAACUACAUAAAUACGUUCCAUAUGUUGGAAGUUCUAAAAAUCGUGAGUAUGCUGAUCAGGCAAUUGUUGGAGACCAGUUAACAGUCGAGCGUGCUGUUAAUGCACACAACACUCUCAACAAUGGAUUUACUCCUAAGCAGAGACUGGAUGGUCUACAUUUUGAGUUUGCUGAUUGGCAUGGAGUCAAUAAAUGCUUAGACGUGAGUAUAUAGUCAACCAUAGAUCUGUAACAUCCACCCCCAAGUCAGAAAAUGUGAGUGUGUCGAUCUGACUCAGUCUGUUUGGUUUUUCGUUGUUUGCAACCACAUGAAUUUAGGGAGCAUUCAUUUUUUAGCUGGGGGGGUGGGCCGGAGGAAUUUGGGGGUGGCUCAGCCAAUUUUGACAUGCUUCAAAGGGGUGGGUCUUUUUAUAGUUUUGUUAUAAAUGGAGGGGGUCAUAAAAAUAAUCCGUGAAAAAAUCACCAAUAUGAUUUUAUAGAAUUUGGAAAUAUUUGGAUCAAGAAUGGUAAAAAGGUCUAGAAUCUAUCAACUAUCUUGUCAUCUAUAACAAUGAAGCAAAAUUCAUUUGACGCUCUGUUCACACAGUCCAUAGGAAAACAUUUGCAUGACGUUUGUCAAUUGACCUCGUUUUUGUGUGAAAACAUCAAUGAAAAAAACGCAGGACCGUAGCAUGAUUUUGAAAUCAUGCCGGCAUGAUUUCAAGGUCUGCAUGACUUCAAAAUCAUGCAGAACUUGAUCAAUUUUAAGCUUUAUUAAUUUUAAGCGGCUACAUUAUCCAUGAAAAACUGCAAAGAAUGAAGAUAGUACCCACAGUUUCCUGCAACUUAUCCUAGUUAUCCAACAUAUAGUAAAUUAAAUACGCCUUCGCUCAUUUAGUACUACCAAAUUGUCAAUUUUGACAUACUAAAACGCUGUUUUCUGACCAUCAGAAUUCUGUCAAAUCUUCCCCCAAAGGCCAGGAAAUGGCAUUUCAGAGACUCUAGAUUUAAAAAUUUCCUCGGGCUUUCGGCCCUCGCUUUCAGCCCCCCAAUCAAAAAGAGCUUCCUACGGCCCUGAAACGCUAUGGAAACGACACUGUGUGGAUUAAUAGUUAGGAUGAGGGGUCAAAAAAUUUUCAGUAAAAAAAAUAGGGGGCCAUAAUUUCUUAUCAACUUUUGUCUUGGGGGUUCCAAGUUUUCGCAUGAUAUUAGACAUCAGUUCCUCCGGCCCACCCCCCCAGCUAAAAAAUGAAUGCUCCCUUAGUAUAAGAUUAUGUGAUUGCAAACAAAGAGUACCACAGUUCUUAUAGUUAAUUUAAAAUCAUGCUCAAUCUAUCGUUUUCUCCACUAAUAUGAAUGAGCUUAGGUCUAAAAAUAAAUUGUCAGGUUCCGGUUUCCCAACCGACUCUAUCAUGUAACAAUGUACCCUACUUUUUUCAAUUUAUUGGGGAAAAUGGUAAACAAAGACAUGUCAAUGAUGGCAUUUUGGUUCCCAAAACCAAGCAUAUUGUUAAAUAAAAAAAAUAAAAAAUCCCAACUCUGUGCUGACCCUAUUUUAUUUUAGCAUGAACCAGAAUCAAAUAAUUUCUGUUCAGACCUCACACAUAUAAUUUCUAAAAGUACAUUUUAUUGUUAUAGGUUGCAUUUUCACGAUUGUAUAGUACAGCUUCAGCUAAUGACAAGUGCACACUGUAUAGUGAUCGUAACUUGAUCAACCGAAGAAAUGUUAAGGCUGAUGUGCAAUCCAAUGCAAAUGCAUGUCGAAGAUUCUUUGCUAUGGAAGUUGAAGCUAGAUUGGUUGCUGCUGGGGCACUAGAGCUGGGUUUAGAAGACAUCAAUGAAACAUCUGAAGCAUCAAAUUUAUCCAACCCAUCAUCUUUAACAACGAAGAAGAAAAAAGAGAUCCUACGAAACCUUUCCACCACCAUAGUUGAUCGAUACAUCCUGGAUCAGGAAAAACACAAUGCUCUUGUGACAGCCUGCAAAGAGAUGGACGUUCAGCAAAGUGAGUCAAGAACACAUGUUAAUAAAGACGGGCGAUACAUGUGUCGCUUUCAAGGCUGCUCAGUAUCAUUUGCUAAAGAUGGUCAGUGCAGACAGACCCACGAAUUAAAGCAUAACCCCCCUGUCAUUAUUCCCAAAGAACCAAUUACAACCUAUUUCAAUGAUAAUCCUGAAGAAGCUGAUGAUAUGCUGAACCAUCAGAAAUCCCUGAUGGAAUUAGGAAUGCUAAUUGCCAAUUUGAGAGAUGCAAUCUCUGAAGGUAAAUAAAGUACUAUUUAAAACACGAGCAGGAGUGCUUUAAUUAUCAGAUAUAAAACACAAGAGCGCAGCUCGAGUGUUUUAUAUCUGAUAAAGCACAGACUGCGAGCGUUUUAAAUGGAUUAAAAACGACCCAUCUAAAGAGUUCGUUGGCGAAGUAAUUUUAAAAAUAAACUUUUAAGCCAAGAAAAUCAAAGCUAAAGUUUAUGUAAAUGAACAGGAUUUUUAUCACAUAUAAAACCACUGACACAGCAGUGAUUUCCUUUGUCUUUUUCUCAUGAAUUAUUAAUGAGUUUUUAAGUAUAGCAUAGCAUAGUAUAUAGUAUAGUAUAGUAUAGUAUAUAGUAUAGUAUAGUAUAGUAUACAAAUAAUGAAUGUUUAUGAGUGCAAUGGUAAGAAUAUUUUCAUGAGGUGAAAGAUGGAAUGUUCCAUUCAACGAGGCGACAGCCGAGUUGAAUGGAACAUUCCAUCCAGAUGAUCUUGAUACGCGGAAAAGUACUGGCACUAGUUGUCAAAUAGAAAUCCAUUUUAUGAUUAAAACAACUGAAUAUCUCCUGUAAUAUACUUUAUUUCGAUUCCAUAUUUUUGUCAGAGCUAUAGUUCUCAUAACCAAACAUAAUUACAAAAUUUCAACUAGUUUCAUAAAGAAUAACGAAAGAUAUAAAUGACUGAAUACAUCAAAAAGGAUUUCUAUCCGGACAACCCUUUCUGAGCGCUGAUUGGCUAAAAUACGAACACGAGAUCACCUGGAUCUUUAACCGAAUGAAAAUAUUCUUACCAUUGCACGAAGAAACAUUCAUUAUUUGUUUUAUAUAAUACCAAAAUAGACUAAUAGAUUCGUAUGAGAAGCAUUUUGAGGGAUGCGAUUUAUCGAAAACACAAAGAGUGCAAUUGUACUAUACGUUUUAUUCCAUUGCACUCGCGGAGAGUGCAAUGGAACGUGUUCCAUUGCACUCUUGGGAAAUGGAAUUUUUUAUUCAAUAUCAUGUGACCAUAAACAGCCAAUUAAAUGAUUAGAAUUUAAUAAGGUAUUAUAUAAUAUAGUAUAAUGUUAAUAAAAAGUUUUAUGUAUUCAAUUUCAUUGAGUUAUAUUAUAUUUACAUUUAUUUGCACCAGGUGAUGGCCUAAGGGUAAUUCGGUGUUGGAAAUUUCUUCUGCUCUACCUGAAACACGACUCUGGUAGCCAGAAAUACUCAGUAGAGGUGCUUUACCUGAUGUUCCAAAUUUAUGCUUUGUUAUCUCCCCGUUCAGCACACCAACUAAUUUGGAACAGGUUCAUAAAGUCAAAGGUGGGAUCAGCAAAUAUAUCUCUUGAUCUGAAUCUUGAAUUCCUAAACAGAAUCGUAAAAGAAGCAAUUAAGAAACUUGGUCCAAAUGGAAGCAAGAAAUCGAUUGAUCGAAUCUGUCGCAGCAUGAAAACAACCAAAGCCCUCAUGGAAAACUUCGACGCAGAAGUAAAAAGCUACAAACCAUCAGGAAAGCAUGUACCAAAAUCUUCCGCUAAAGAUCUUCAAACGAUUGUCAAGGAGUUACUACAUCAACAGGCUCUGGUCAGAGUACCUGGGAGGUCUUAUAGCUUUUAUGGGGGGGUUAAAUCUAGCUUGUUAGCUGGAUUUGCUUUGCAAAAGAUGUAUCAUUGGAUAGAUGAACACAAGAAAAAUAUUAUACUGCAAAGAAGGGCUAGAUGA